AUGCCUUCACACCCCUCUCCCACUGCUUCAUCCACUGGACGCUCUCCAUCUUUUCCCAACAAGGGUCCCUCCAUGUCUGGAUUCCUGGCCAGUGUGCUCAACUCUUUGCCUCCCGGAGAUUCUAUCAGCUCUGGUACCCAGAGGCAUAGGCCUCAGGCGGCUACUGGUUCCUCCACAAAGGUAGGAGAGGAUGUGAGAAAGGCUAGCACACCUGAGCCUCCAGAGGGCAACAGCUUCUGGGCAAAGAGCAGCGCCAAUUGGGAGACAGACAACUAUACUCUGAACGAGUGA